AUGUCAGUAAGCGAACAAGACCCUAAUAGGGCGUACAGAGAGACUCAAUCCCAGAUAUACAAACUACAGGAGACACUACUGAAUUCUGCGAGGACAAAAAAUAGGCAAGAGGAAGGGCAUGAGAGCAACAUUCUUCCUCUUUCAGAGCGGUAUGAGAAUUCUAAAAACGGCAGAGCUUUGGCCUACGACAUACCUAACGUAAAUUCACAGUCGGUUCUUGCUUUCACUGAGAAACACUACUCAAGCAAGUUGAAAAAAUUGGGGACACUUUACUACAACCGUUUCAAAGAAGGGUCUUUUGACGAAAACUCGACAAGUUACUCUGACAGGCACAAUUUCCCAUACGACCUCUAUGACAACACUCUUCCACCACCAUUCCUUCCAGCUAUCGGCGUCCAAAAUACCAACAAUAUUGUAACGCUAAAAAUAACAUAUGAAGAUAUCCAGGCAAGUUUUGACAAUAUAGAAUCUCCUAGAACGAGAAAUAACGAAAUUUGGGGGUGUGAUAUCUAUUCUGAUGAUUCUGACCCAAUCCUAGUACUAAGGCAUUGUGGGUUCAAAAUCGUAGUGCCUCCUAGUGGCCCAUUCCAUAAAUUAAGAAGAACACCUGUAAAUAUGGACAACCAAGAUAAUGUUACAGGUAACCUUCCCCUAUUGAAAGGCACACCUUUCGAUCUAGAGGUGGAAUUAUUAUUAUUGCCCACCCUACAAAAGUAUCCUAGCGUGAAAAGAUUCGAUGUAACGUCGCGAGAAUGGGGAUUGGAAGGUACUGCUAUACACGAUGGACUGAGUUACGGUAUCUAUAGUAUUGUUAUUAAGCAAAGACUGGAUAGAGAUAAACCUCAUGAACCAACCGGAUAUAUUAAAAACUUGAAAUGGACCUAA